AACUAGGCAGUUACUAAAUCUGGCGUUGUCCAAACGCUGUGUCCAUCCAAGAGACACCACGACUAAUAGAACAGUCGUGAUAUCAUUGUAACCGACGUUGUAAGCGCCUGUUCAGGCAAUAUAAAAGCCCAGGCAUCAAAUCAAUACGACAACUCAUUCACUUCAUUCCUUUCUACUCUCUUCACGUUAUCAUGCACGCAUCGCUCUAAAGAAGAGUAGGCUACAGGAGAGAAGAAAGGUGAGAAGAGAUGGAUUCUCUGUCGGACCUUGCUUUUGCUUUUGCCAGGUUUGUGGCCAGGGAGCACCGUGUUUUUCGCUUUCCUCGUCGGACCUUCGGUCUGGCCGUCGCUCGUCGCCGGCGGCCCUUCGGCCGCCGCUAUCAGCGUCGCCCGAAUAGGAACGGUGGCCUCCGUCACCGUGGGGCACCAUACCGUGUUCCUCGCCGUCGAUAUGGACCGGGUGGUGGCCUCCGCCGCCGCCAUACCCAUCGCCAGCACUUCCACCAUGUGCAUCGCCGAGUGGUAGCGUGGUUGCUGCAGUGCCGGAAGUUGCUGCAGAGGUUGGCAUCGAUGAGGCCUCUGCCUCCAACAUCACCACUCAACUGCCGCCUUCUCCGCCAGUGUGCGCACCUAUGGAAUGGAUGCUUGCCGGACCAAGCGCCGGAUGGCUCGUUGAUGACCCAGAUCGCUCCUUCACCGACGAGGAACUCGCGGCACCGCCUCCGCCUCUGCUGAUGUACUCUUGCCCAGCCUACGGGUACGGGUCGAGACUCCCGUCCCCGACGCCAUCUGACGAGGACCCGGAGCACUUCAACCCGCCAGGCUACGAUCCACUGCCGGAGUUCUCCUCGUCGCCGGCUGCAGUCCCUCUGGACGCACUCAAGCCCCGGCUCGUCAUCAACCUCCUGCCAAAGGUGAAGACGGAGGAGAUCGAGGCUACUGCACCGACGCUUGCUGUCGCGACGCUCCCCGACCUCAACCUCCCAGCGCUGGAAGUGGAGGAGGAGGAGCACCAGGAAGCAGCGCCGCCGUCGGCCCUCCCGACGCCCUCGCCGGAAGCUCGUGUGCUACUGCGCCGCUUCGCAUCCGCCAUGGCUGUCCGCCCCGCAGGAAUCCGCGCCGGCACCUGGUCACCUGAAGCACUCGGCCUCACUGGCCGCAUCGCGGAUCUUCGCCUUGACGAGGCCGCCCUCCAACUCCCCUCCUCCUCUGCGGAGGGGCUGCUGUAAGCAUGGCUAGGACUGAGUGCGAUUUGGAGGAGAGGAAGUAUGUGAUUUGGGGUCGUUCCCUUAUUCUAGCUAGUUCCCAGGCUUAAGCGGUGCCGACAAACAGCCAUGGGCCAAACAGGAUAAACAAGACACGGCUGGUUGUUUCUUUAUUGUGCUAAUGUGGAGUACUAAAUAGACGUACAUGCAAAUUGUAUUUAAGUGUGUUAUAUAUGUUUAGGAUUCUAGUUUGUCCUUUAGUCUGCAUAACCAUGUAUGGUAUUGUAAAUAUAUGUUCUAGACCUUAUGUAUAUUAAAAUUUCAAAUUUGUAAAA